GCUUUUCUUUCACUUUCUUCUCACUUUUUUAAUAUACAUUCAACAUUUUCUUACGAAAAAUGGUCUGUUUAGGACCAAGAAAAAAAGAAAAGAAAAGCAACCUUUUAAGCCCAGAUGAUGCCAAUGGCACAACAGCGACAAAAAGAAGUGUGAAAAAGAGUCCUACUUCAAAAUUACGAAGUCCUUCCAAGGCUGCUGUAAGUCUAGCGCCGUCUAUUGCUUCUACACUUAACAAGAAGGCUUCCACUUUGAGUAAUAAGGCGUCUACUUUGGGCAGCAAGGCUUCUGCUCGUACUUCUACCGAUAGUAAGACAGGUCUACCAAAACCUAAUACUCGUACUUCUCUUUUGUCAACUGGAAAGAGAGCCACAAGUCCUAGUGGGCGUCGACCCACUUCGCCGCUGAAUAACACAAAGACAUCUGCUGCGUCAAGACCAACCAGUAUGGCUUCUAUCAAAAGUAACCUUACAACAGCUUCUGCUGCUGGUACUACUAAUCAAGAAAAUUUAAAGUUGAUUGCUGACCAAAAAGCGGAACUUGAACGUCUAAAGCAACAAUUACAAGAAUCAGCAAAAGAAGCCUCUAAGCCAGCAAGUCCAACAGAAGAAGCUGAAGAUAAAGAAGUUCAACGAUUAGAAUUACUCAAAUCAAAAGAAGAACAAUUACUACAACGUGAAAAGGAAAUUGAAGAACUUAGAAUUAAAUUAGAAGAAAGAAGCCUUUCACCUUCUCCUCCUGCCAUUGUGGUUCAGUCUGAAGAUGUGAGUAAAGCUGAAGAAUUGGCACAAAAAGAGAAAUUACUGGAGGAAAGAGCAGCUCAAUUAGAGGAACAAAAGCGAUUGAUGGAAGAACAAGUGCCUCAGCUUGAUCAAGUAGCUUCUCAAUUAGAAGCACUCAAAACAGAGAAUUUGGAUGCUGUGAGCCAAUUAGCAUCAAAGGAAAAAGAACUUGAAGAAUUAAGAGCUUUGAUUCACAACAAACCUUCUGAAGAGCAAAAGGAAGAAGAUAAGCAAGAAGCUCUUCGUAAAAUUGAAGAAUUGAAUCAACAGCUUGAGGCUCAAAAAAAGGCACAUGAAGAAAGUUUACGUCUUCAUGAAGAAGCUUUAGCAGAAAAAGAAGCACUUUUGAAAGAACAAAAAGAAGCACUUGAUUCUCUCCAAGAAAACCAUCAAGAUGAAGUGCGUAAAUUAAAGACAGCUCAAUCGAGUAGCAUUAUUGCACUCAAGAAGAAGCAUAAGCAAGAAAAGGCUGAUUUAGAACAACAAGUAGAUGAAGCCAAAAAGGAAGCAGAAGCCAAUCCUGCUGUAGAUAUUGAUGCUCAUUUAGAACGCAUUCUUCAUGAGUUUGAACAAGCUGAACAUACGCAUGCUGUCGAAAUCCAAAACUUAGAGGAAUCUCAUGAAUCAGAACUCAACAACUUGGAAAACAACCAAAAGGCCCAGUUGAACAAGCUGAAGCGCACUCAGGAUUUAACUAGAGAUAGUUGGACAAGCCGUUACUUGCCUACAGAAGCUGUCUCUUGGCCCACACCCAGCGGUGGUCACAUUGCCAAGUUGAAGCCUACACCUACUCCUCUUAUGGAAAGUAAGAGCAAGACUUUGUUAAGAGUGUUGGACCCAAAGAAGGUUCAAAUCUAUUACUCUUCUGUCAGUUCAAAUCCUGUCAUCAAGAGGAACCAAGAGCAAAUCCAGCAAUUGCUCAAGAACAACAAUAUCAAAUUUAGUUUGGUUGAUGUUGCACAGAGUGAGACUGCUAGACAGUAUGCAAAGAAGUGCAACAACAAUGGUAGAUCUCAAGGUAGAAUUAAGGAGUUUCCUCAAAUUUAUGUUGGUGGUGAAUAUAGAGGUCAAUAUGAAGAUGUCGUCCGUGCUAUUGACGAUGGUUUGCUUGAAGAUCUGCUGCAUGCUGCUGAAGAACGCCACUUUACUCCUGAAGAAAGAGCUGCUAUUCAGAAGGCUGAACUAAAUGAAGAAUUGGCUGGCCCUAUGCGUUCUUUGCCACCUAUCGAAACUAUGCCUCAAUUGAGACCUACUCGAUCUACCAACAAGCCUGUUAGAACCUUGAAGGACUAUGAUGAAGAUGAGGAACUUUUGAAGGCACUUGAAAAGGAAUUAAAUGAAGGAAACAUCAACAUUGAUGACUUAUAAUCCUCUAUAUCCAUCUUUUUCAAAUAAACAAAGUAAAAUCUACAGAGAUGAAUAAG